AUGCAAGACGGCACAGGUAUUGGCGCCGGCCAGGCGGCACCGGUUGCCUUGAACAGGGCAUCUAUUAACGACCUGGAUGUUUACAAUGCCCGGAGCAUUAAGCUUGCAGAGGCGACACGGGUUCGAUUAUUCCUUCCGGGUCUCAAAGGGGGACCCAUGGACGAGUGGGAGGACCCGCAGGACGCCAAGGCGGCAGCGCAAGCAGCGGCCCAGGCAGCAGCGGCAGCGCGAGGGCCAUCGGACACUGCCCUUAAGUCCCGGAAAAAGCUCGCCAAAGUGGCCGCACUGGCGCACGCAAAUGACGCGGCAGCGGCGGUCGCGGAGACGGCGUCGACGAAUGGUGGCGGGGGCGGCGGCGGCGGCGACGGGGCCGAGAACGGGAUGAUGAUGGUGGUGGAGGCUAUCAUGGUUCUCGAAGAUGACGAGGAGGAGGAGGAGGAGGACGGUUUGCUGCUGCUGGCGCCGCCGGGGGUUGGGCCGGGUGGCAAUGGUGGUCCGGCCGGGGCUGGGGAGGGCGGCUACCUGCCCGGUUCAGCGGCGUCGCAGGCAUCAGGGAGUGCGGGGCAGCGCCUCUCUGGCGGAGGUCAACUCGGGUACGACGGCGACCGCAGUUCUGCACGCACCGGCUCUGGCGGGCGGUACUACACGCAGCCCGGUGCCGGUACGGUAGGCGGGCCGGCCUCGGCCGUUGCCGCUGCGGCAGGGCCUGGGCGAGGCGGUGCAGGUGGUGGCGGCGCCAAUAGCGUCGGCGGUCGCGUCCGGCCGGGGUCAGCUACCGGCGGCGGCGGCGGCCGGCCGGCUAGCGCCACCGGGCGAAGAGGCGGCGAUGGGCACGGCGGUGGGGAAGGCGGCGGGGGCGGCGGAGGCGGAAGCCAGCCGCGUCUUCGUACGGGACACGUGUCUGGGUCUGCUGGGGGAGCUGACGCCGCCGCUGCGGCGCCCCGCGUGCCGGUGUGGGCGCGAUUGGCGGCGAACGCCCCGCCGCGGGAGAAGAUUGCGCCGCCACCGCCGAAGAUCUACCGUGCCGUACAAGGCAAGACGCUGAGUCUUGGCUUAGGUGGCCCCGACGAAGGCCCGGGGCUAUUCAUGGUUGCGGAUCCGGCGGCGCCGUACUAUGGCGUAGAGCCUGGAAACGGCAGCGGCGCGGCUGCCGCCGCCGUCGCCGCCGCCGCGGCGGCGGCGGCGGUCAACGGCCGCCUGGGUUGGCCUGUCAUUCCCCCUGUUCCCGGCUUUAUGAGGCCCCACGGGAGCAUCAGCGGUGCAGCGGCGGCAUCAUCUGCGCGAGGCAACGGCUCGUCCGGGUACGGCUCGUCGUACGACGCUGACUACGGGUCAUCGGCUGCAGGAGCAGCAGCAGGAGGAGCUCGCCGGGUGCCAGACAGUCCGCUGUACGGAAGCAACGCUGCCUCCGGCGCCGUCGGCCCCAACGUUGCUUUCGUCCGAUCUAGACGCCUGGGCAGUGGCGUCUCUUCGAGCAAGGGACCGGGAUCUCUGCCGCCGGGGGCAGCCGCGUCGACAGCUGCUCAGCCGCCGACGCCCAACGGAGCUACAGCCAACAGCUACAGCGCCGCCGCCAUGAACGGCAUCGCCGGCGGCGGCGGGGGCGGCGGCGGCGGCACCUCUGGUGCAGGGCAGGGCGCGUUUGCUUCUGCCGCGGCUGCCGCCGCGGCGGCGACAGCGGCGCCAUCAUGCGCCAGCGCCGGUGCCGGGCUCGGUGCCGCGACCGCCGCAGCUGCAGCGGCUGCCGCCGCUGCCGUUGGUGGUCCUUCGCUCCGUCUGGCGGCACCGCCACGGGUGCAGCAGCUGACGCGACCGAGUCGCCACCACAGCCAGCCGUCGCCGCCAACACAACAACAGCAGCAGCAGCAACAGCAGCAGCAAGGCGGCGUUCCGACGGCAUGGGCUGAUCCCAGCGGCGGCGGCAUGUCGUACAACGCCCUGCGGGCAAUUACGUACGGCAGUCUGGGAACGCACGGACAGUUGAGUCCCGGCCGGCUUUCCCUGAGCAGCAUCAGUGGCGCCGUCGGCGCACCUGCUACUGCCGGCGCCUCCAGCGGCAACGGCAGCGGCCUGGUCUUCUCUCCAGGACCUGUCCGACCCAGCGUGCUCGGUUCGCCCGCUGCCGCUGCUAUCGGAAGCCCCGGCCACCCAAGCCCCGCCGCCCAAGGUUCAUACUCCAACAACACCACGCCGCGCGCCGUGCAGCCCUCGCCGCCUCCCCAGCCCUUCUCCGUAUCGCAGCAGGUGCCCACAUACCACCACAUCGCCGGCCCGGGCUCGGGGUCGGGGUCGGGGUCGUUGCCCGCCAACGGCUAUGCCAGUGCAGGAGGAGCAUACCAGCAGGCCGAAGGGUACGGCAGCUACGGAAGCAGUGCGACAGCUGGUAUGGCGCCGCGGCCGCAUGUGGCAACGCCAGCUCCCGGCACAAGUCGCGUGGUUGCAGCAACAGCAGGCGGUCCUGGGUCUCUGUACGGGAAUAGUAGAGCCGGGGGAUAUGGACCGUCGCCGGGGCUGUUGUUCGCGACGGGGAGCACACCGCAAGUUACGGCCGCCACGGGAGCGGUCGCUGCCGCUGCCGGCGCCGUCGGCGGUGGCGGUGGCGGUGGCGGUCUGGGGGAUCCGAUGUAUGUGAUGAAGGGUGUCGUUGGAAGCGUCAUUCCGGGAUUGAAUUUUGCUGGAAAACUUCAAACUUGCCUAGUAGCUAGCCAGGAGUCUUGCGAGCCGGCAGUAGUAGCACCGGAUUUAACUCCCACGACAGGUGCUGAGGCGCUACUGCUAGCGGCUGUGCGAGCCGGUGCCGAUGUGUGUUUUGCCAACCCCGGAACCACGGAAAUGUGGCUGGUGUCGGCGCUGGACCGACUCUGGCCUGCCGUACGGCCAAUACUGUGCCUGCAAGAGAACGUGGCCACGGGAGCCGCGGACGGCUACGCUCGCAUCGCACGCCGUCCUGCUCUAACCCUCCUACACCUGGGGCCUGGGCUGGCCAACGGACUGGCCAACCUCCACAAUGCGAGGAGGGCCCGCAGCCCAGUGGUCAACCUGGUGGGCGAUAUGGCCACGUGGCACCGCGCAAACGACCCGCCGCUCAACUCACCUUUGGAAAUGCUGGCAGCGACUGUGUCGGGAGCUGUGGUUGUGGCGGGAUCCGGAAGGGAUGCCGACGUCAGUCUCCAUGGCGUGAACGUCGCCGCCGCGGCUCCCGCUGGAGCAGGCAGCGCCAGCCGCGCGUACGACAUGGCGGCAGCGCUGGAAGCGGCGCUGGGCGGCGCAGGUUGCCAUACCACAAGACGGGCUAUAGAGCCGACAACCGCCGAGGUCGCCCUCGGUGCCGCGCCCGCGACGAUGGGUAUUGGACAAGAGGUGAAGCCUGUCGGCGGCAGUGUAGUCACCGUUAUCGUACCACACGACCUAAGCUGGGAGCCGCCGCCGCCACUGCCACCGGCGCCCCCGCCACUGCAGAUGCAGGCUCUGCCCAAAACUGCCGAUAGCAUUCACUUGGCCGCCGCGAUGACCCCCGUCACGAGCGAUACCGGCCGUGCUACUGCCACCGCUGCCGGCCCUGCCGCCGCCUUCACGGGCUCGAGUAGGGGCUCUACUGAUACCGCCGACGGGGCAACGGCGGCCGCCGCUUCUGCAGCCGCCGCCGCCCACGCUGCUGGCGCUGAAGCGGCCGCCGAAGCCUUCGUUCGCGAUUGCGCGUCUGCUCUCCUACGCGCAAAGAGCCGUGGCGCUGGCUCAGCGGCGCUGUACCUCGGCGGCGACGCGCUUUUGGAGGAGGACGGGGCGCUGCUGGCGGCGGGUCAGAUCGCCGCCGCCACUGGUGCCGUACUGAUCUGCGAAGGAGCCUUCGCUCGUGUCGAUCGUGGCGCGGGCCUACCGGCACUGCGGCGACUGCCGUACUUUCCCCAGGAGGCGGCCUCGGAGCUGGCGCGGUACAGCUGCCUCGUCCUGGUUGAUGCCAGGUUACCAGUUGCCAAUUUUGGCUACAAGGGUGCCCCGGGCGUGUUGGUGGCCCAGCGGGAUGACGAUCCGUCGGCAGUGUGGGAGUUCGACCCCGCAGCAUUGGCGGCCGCGGGCUGGGGCGCCGCCACGGCACUGCACCGCCUGGUGGCGGCGCUGGGUCCUACAGCAGCAGCCGUACGGCCGCUGGUCAACUGUGGCGGCGUCUUCGUGCCGCCGCGGAGGCCAGCGGGCUGUCCACCCUUCGUGCACCUGACCCUGACGGGCGGUGCCAUCGGCAGCGGACCGCCCAUGGCGCUAGGAGCGGCGCUGGCGGACCAGCCCGCCGCCGCCGCCGCCGCCGCCAACACCAGCCGGGGAACCCGGCAGCGGCGACGCGUCAUCAACUUGCAAGCCGAUGGAAGCGCCAUGUAUAGCUUGCAACUACGCCAUUCUGAAGGUGUGCUGCCCGAUGAGUGA